UUGGCUUUGCCGGCGGAGGAAGGACCUCGUCGUUUCCGGCAGCUGGUUGCCAUUGCUCAGACGGCCAGCGAAGGCCCUGUUGUUCGGCAAAGAUGGCUCCUCGGGUGGCUUUGCUCAUUGUCGGCACAGUGCUGCUGACGGCGUGCCGCGCUCAGGAGAGCCCUUCGUCGACAACCACGGAGAAGCCGAAGCCGAAGUCGAACCGAGACCCGCGCUUCACAGGCGACCCCCAGAUCGACUGGGAGUUCGACCCAAACUACCCGCGCGAGCUGCGCGGCUACAACAUGACCGGCUACCCGUUCUUCAGCCGUGUGCCGCCCAAGAUGGACUUCAGCUGCAAGGACCGCAUUGACGGCUUCUACGCCAACGUCGAGUACAAGUGUCAGGUGUACCACCACUGCCUGUACAACGUCCGCCAGGACUUCCUCUGCGGCAACUACACGGCUUUCGACAUGUCGACCUUCAUCUGCCAGUUCGUCAACGCCGUGGACUGUGACAACUCGGAUAAGUUCACCUACAGAAACGAGCCACUGUACAAGGCGACCACCACGGAGAAGCCAAGGCGCAAGCGGCCCUUCGAGCGCCGGCCGGUCGCGUACUACGACGAGUAUGAUUACGAAUAUGACUUCCCGGAAUACGUGUACGAGGACGAGGUGGCCACCACCACCACGACCACCACAACCACCACCACCACGACGCGGCGCCCGCUGCGUCGUCGGCCGGGCGCCGGCGGCGGCCGGCGGCGGCGACCGGGGCUGAGGGGCGGCGGCGGCGGCCGGCGCAGACCGAACCGGCGCCGACCACCGCCACCGCCCGUGUACGACUACGACUACCCGGUCGAUACGGCCCCGCUCGAGAAGCAGAAGGCCGUCGCACCCGCGCCGGUCGCCGCUGCCCCGGCCGAGCCGCCGAUUCCGGUUUACGAUUACGAAUACGAGGAUGAGCCCCUGCCGACCGAAGCGCCCGUUCAGGCCGAGACACGAGCGCCGCUCCGCGCGCGCCCUGGCGGCAGGAGGCGACCGGCUCGCGUUCGCGCGCCGACGGCGGCGGCCGCCGAGCCGCUGGAGCGGGCACCGAGCCCGGCGCGGCGGCCAGGCCGGCCACGGCCGCAAGAGGGCGCCCUGCCAGAGGUGGCACCGGCCGAGAACGAGGUGCUGGUAGCGGACGCCGGGCGUCAGCGCGGUGCGGGCGGUCGGCGCCGCGCCGGCAGAUCCUGA